GUGCGUGUUUUCUUCAGCAGAUCAGCCAGCUAUUAACCAAAUCUUUAGGAGAACCAAAAAGCAGCAACUCCACUCUUACACGGACAGUUGCUUUCUGCCUUUUCCUUACCGAGGAUUCGCCGGUGGACUGCGUUUGUUUAGGACUUUUAAUGAGAGCGCAGGAGGGAAAAUCCAUCUUUCCCCAACCCAAACCAAAGCAAACCCGGCCGAGGGGUGAAGACUGGGUCCGAGAACCACUGAGAGUCUAAUUGUGCCUGUGUUGCAUCCAGUAGAGAGUAUCUGAGUGACGAGCACCGACUGCACCGGAUUCACAUGGAUGCAAUGAUAGCAGAUAUCACCAAAUGGCCAGUCACCCUCAGCUUGUAUUAGCCUGUAUGGAUAACCACUGGUAGCUUUAUUUAUUCUCCCAAAGCCAAACAGUCUUUGCUGCGCGCCCAGCACAUCGCUGCGUGUUCGUGUGUGUGCCGGACUAGAUCAGUUCAAGAAGACUCAAGUCAGAGGAACAGAGUAUCCAUCUGGUUACCAGAGCUGUACAAAAUCCAGAAGUAGAGAAAUGUGAAUCCAGAGAGACACAGAAUCGAUUCACAGAAGAAGAAAAAAGCCAAAUCCUUAAUCUCCUUUUUUCAAGCCGUCCCAGCAUCCUUACAAACGGCUGUCCACAAACCUGGAGAGCAUACGAAGAAAAGCCAAAGAACGACGACAGGACCACGAAUAGGAGAAGAAAAAAAAAAAGUGAGACUAAAAUAAAAACAACGACCCCCAGGUCGACAGAGGACCAUGUUUGUCCCCCUGCCGGUCCCCUUCGUCUUUCAGAGAACAGCGUCCGACUUCAGCGCCUGGAGACUCAAGUCCUCGCUGGCUCCGCGGUCCAGUCCCGAUAUCAGGAUGUCCAAAGCAGGGGAGGAAAAGCCUGGAGCUGACUAUCCAGGGGACAGUUCAGACUCUGACAGAAACAGCCCCGAUGAGCAGGCUCAGACAAUGAAAACAAGCCCCUUCAGCCUCUCUCCUACACCAGUUGGCAACAAGGGAAAGAUUGAAGAUGGCGCUGAGAUAACACACAGCACUGCACUUCCGGCACCGCCCUCUCAGCAACAGCAACAGGCUCAACACCACCACACACAGUUGAUGCUUGCUGGAAGUCAGCUAGCAGGGCUUGCUGCGCUUCUCCCGGCCCAGCAGCAGCUGCUCCUCCAACAGGCUCAGGCUCAGCUCUUGGCGGCAGCCGUUCAGCAGUCGAACGCCGCCCAUGCCGCUCACGCUGCCCACGCCGCCGCGCAGCAGCAAGCCAACCAGCAGCAGCAGCAACAAAACCAAUCGCAAUCCCAACAACAGCAGCAGCAGCAAACCAAACAGGAGCAAACAGUCCAAGCUCCGCCUCCACCGCCACAGCUGGCCCUGUCGCAGCCAAUCCAGCUCACAGCACAGGACAUCCAGCAGCUGUUGCAGCUCCAGCAGCUGGUUUUAAUGCCAGGUCACCCUCUCCAGUCUCCUGCCCAGUUCCUCCUGUCACAGCCAGCACCUGCACAGCAGUCACAGCAGGGUUUGCUCUCAACACCAAAUCUGAUCCAGCUACCUCAACAAAGCCCAGGGGGACUGCUGACAUCACCACCUCGCCUGGGACUCCAAGCACAGAGAGAGAAGAGCAGCGAUGCUGGAAGCAGCAGCAGUGGAGGCUCUUUAGUUGCCACUGGGAGCAGCGGUGUUGGUGUUGUGACAUCUGUAGGAGUUACCUCUGCAUCCAGCAGCGCCAUGGCUUCCUCCUUAGCCUCCGGCUUGAGUUCUGGAGGUCAUGGGGGUCAUGGAGGUCACAUGGGAGAAGAACCCAGCGAUCUAGAGGAGCUGGAGCAGUUUGCUCGCACCUUCAAGCAGCGCCGCAUAAAGCUGGGAUUCACCCAGGGCGAUGUUGGUGUGGCUAUGGGAAAACUGUACGGCAACGAUUUCAGCCAGACCACCAUCUCCCGCUUCGAAGCUCUCAACCUGAGCUUUAAGAACAUGUGCAAGCUGAAGCCUCUCCUCGAGAAGUGGCUGAGUGACGCAGAAACAAUGGCGGUAGACAGCAUGCUGCCCAGCCCUUCUUCUAUCUCCUCCCCCAUGUUGGGCAUCGAGGGUCUACCUGGCCGACGCAGGAAGAAACGCACCAGCAUCGAGACCAACGUGCGAAUAAUCCUAGAGCGCAACUUCAGCACGAACCAGAAGCCUACCUCUGAGGAGAUCCUGCUGAUGGCGGAGCAGCUCAACAUGGAAAAGGAGGUGAUUCGCGUUUGGUUCUGCAACCGCCGGCAGAAAGAGAAACGCAUCAACCCCUCUAGCAGCACCACCCCUCCACUGCCUAGCCAGACCUCGCCUGUUGUGACGCACAAAGCCCCCUGCUACAGCCCGCACAUGAUAUCGAGUCAGGGUCUGUCCCAGGUCACCACCAGCCUCAGCACAACAGGCGCCAGUUCGUCACCUUCAGCGUCCUGCCCCAUGACUCCGGUCAGCUCAGUUGCCAUUUCUUCUUCUGUGACUCCGCCUCCUCAUAGCACAGCCAGCCCAGCUCCUCCCAGCCUCGGGACCUCUGGGCUCAACGCUGGGAACACAAUGAUGGGAGUAAGCACAGGGAUGAACCAGGCCCUCAUUGGCAACAAUCCCCUGGCUACCAUGCAAGCUCUGGCAGCCAGCGGUGGGCAGCUACCCAUUUCCAGCCUUGAAGGUGGAGCAGGUCACAUGCUUCUCGGUGGACCUGGGGGUGCCUCUGUCCCCUCUUCCCUCCGCUCUUCUCUCUUCCUCAACCGACCCACUCUCCUCCCCAUGGUGACCGGCUCUAUGGCAACAACAUCCACAACCGUCAUGGGACUGGUCAGCAGCAGCGGUGGCGUGUGCGGCCCAAGGCCCUCCUUUUCCCAGUCUCCUUCCGCUGGCACCAGCAACCUCAUGAGCCCAACUUCGUGCCCAGAAGAGUCUGCGUCUCCUUGUUCAAGUCCCGCCUCUUUCUGUUCAUUCAGCGAAGCCUCGCCGCCACCACUGGGAGGGACCAUGGCCGACUGAUCCCCGACUGACAGCCAAAGUAUCCUAUUAGAGGAGGACGAGGAGGAGAAGGAGGACGAUUAAAGGAGCUUUAAAAAUCUAAAUUUACAACCUCGCCUUUGAACCAAAGCCAUCUCUCUGUCCAAUCCAUCUCUGGUUUUGUCUGUCUCUCUCUUUUCGUAUCUCCCUGCUGACGUCUUUUGAAGCCAAAAAUAUACACAGAUGGAUGCGGGGAGGAAGCGAAGAGAGAGGUAGGAUGGAAAGGAUAGAGAGAACUGCAGAACGAAGGAGGGGAAUUCGAAACCAAAUAUUGAUCUACAGCUGGAGAGGUGGCACUGCGGUGUGUUUUUGCUUGGCAUCGAGAAGUGAACACCACGCUUUUUAACAGCUGGAGAAAAAAAACUCAGUGAGGGCAGGGAUGAAAACUGAAACUGUGUGUGGGAAAAAAAAAUGGGAGGCAAAGAAAAGACUUGUUUAACAAGCCCGGAAGGUCGUGUGGUUGCAACCAAAUUUAAAAAAAACAAAAAAGCAAGAAAGGAAAUAUGCUAGAAGAGAAACACACAAAGAUGUAACCAAAAUCUCUGAAUACCAAAAACUGAAAACCAAAAAAAGACAAAACAACAACAACAAACGGAGCGAAAAGCUUUAGUUCAAAAAGACUUUCUGAUCUGUCCAGGAUCAGUUUACUACUUCAUUCUACGUCAUGCCAAACAUUUCCCAUUUCACUCAGGAUUUCUGUUUUCCCCUUUUUGUUUUCCAUCUUCAGCUGAAGAUUUACAAAACAUCUAUUUUUCUAUUAUUUUGUAUUCAUCGCUCUUUUUUAUCUAACUCAAACAGUUUCACGCUUUACAGUUGAACCCACAUGCAGGAUGUCUACCUACCUCUCUCUUUACAGCUUUACAGCGGUCAACCUACCUUACAUUUUAACAGACUGUUUCAAUGAGCCCGGAGCGGCAGAUGGGUGGGGUUUAUUACGAUAAUAAUUACUUUAGUUUCCAGUAAGAAGCCAAUCUGUAUUCGCUGUAGUACAAAAAUAACUUUCUGGUAUUCAUUAAAGCCUUCUUCGUAGCAAAAGCCACCCUUCUGGCAAAAGUUGGAAACUCCACUGAAGUUAAAGGAAAAUACUGGUCAAAAUUUUAAGGGUUAUUUAGCUGUUAAAUGUCAAUUUGUUAGAUCCACAGUUGAUUUGGGGGAUUAUUUGUAUCUCAGAUUACCCUCAGAGACAGAUUUUAAUGGGUUACUAUCAUCAUCAUUAUCAUCAUCGUCAUUAUUAUCUUUAAUUUUUGUUCAAACCAAAGUAUACCCUGAAUAGGAUUCAUGCUGCCUGCGGAGUGGAUAUACACAGGGCAGAUGUGUGGUUUAUUUAUUUUUAUAUUAUUUAUUAUUUGCUGUCUUUAAUUUAAUGUUACCCUUUAUACACGCUCACCAUCAUCAUCAUCAUCACGUCACCUUUCAGACUGCUCAUCUACCACCAGUCACUCACUCUUGGAUACCAAAGCAUCGCCUCUGGCAGCGUUGUCUCUGGAUUCGCCCGGGAGACGAGUGUCCAGACAAAACCUCAGCAGUGUCAAAGGGAAAACACACACACACACAUAUACACAAAUACACACAUUACAGUACACUACAAGCAUAAGAAAGACCAAACCAAAAAAAAAAAGAACAAAAGAAAGAGGUGAAGCACCGGCAUUCCCCUUACUGCCCCCAAACCCCUGCCCUCCAACCCUCCCUCCCAUCCGCCCCUCUCCUUUGUCUCCAAAGAUCAGAUCAAAGGGCCAAAAGAAACAAGGAGGAGAAGAGAAAGAGGAGAAGCGGAGGAGCCAAAGGUAUGAAGAGCUGCAGGGGGAAAGUGAGGAGGAGAAGAAGAAGAGGAGGAGAUGGAGAAGUAGGAGGAAGAGGAGCAGGAGGAGAUGCGCUUGAAGCAGCGGACCAAAAAACCAAAAAGUAACCCGAAACCAAAAGCUACUGCUACUACUGCUACUAGUUAUGUGUGAGUGACUGAAGCGUAACGAAACCAAAUACAAACAAAGAGGGGGAGGACGGGGGAGAGAAGGGGUGAGUAAGGCCCUGUCUGUCUGUUCGUCUUUAACUGUGAUUGCCGUUCUUGUAUAUCAGACAGAAAUCGUUCCCUGCCUCCCUCUGCCGGCCACCUCGGCUUUGUUCUCACUUUCUUUUUCCUGGAUGGAUAAAAUAUGGAUUAACCUCAACAAACUGACUUUGAGAAUAUAUAUAUUUUUGUUUCUGCUUUCCAUAGUGUGUCUGUUACCGAUGUAUGGAUUCGUCUCAUUGCUUUCUUCUUAUUAUGC